AUGACAGUGUACUCUCAGUUCACUGAUGAACCGAGACUGUACAUGGUGCACGAGACGAUACUGCCGUUCAUCGACCACAAGAAGUAUACCAGUCCGUAUUUUGAGAUUAUUGCCGUGUACAGCCUGCAUAUAGUGUGGCUUAUUUUUGUUGGAUUUACAGGUUAUGACGGCAUAUUUUCUGUUUGCAUCCUUCAUGUUUCAUUAAAAAUCAAAUUAUAUUCGCACAAGUUGCGUCAUCUAAUGGACGACCCAGAUAUUGAGGUCAUAAAACGCAAGAUUGAAACAAUAGUGAAGGAGCAGUGCGAGGUGUACAGUUUCAUUAAAGAAAUACAAACGAGCUUCGAGAUCUGGCUGGCCGGGAUAUUCAUCAUAUCGGUCAUACAGACGGGCAUGGCGCUCAGUCAAACGACAGCCAAAGGGGACAGCGACGUGAAGACCAUCUACUACAUGUUCGCGGCCGCUACCACCUAUGAAUCUGAUAUGUAA